CGGAGCUAGAGGUCUGCUGUUCCCAUGCCGACCGCCGCUAGCGUCUGUCCCCUCCUCCCCCCGCACCCCCCAUACGGAGAGCGCCGAGAGACAGAAAAGGCCGGGGCGGCUGGGCGAUGAAACGCGCUUCUGCUCCGGGAUGGAGGGGCCGGGGCAGCCAGAGCCUGAAGAAGUAGGAAUGACUGAAGUGCAGGAGCCUGUCGAAUCACCAGCAGCAGUAAUUGAGUCACCCGGGGACCAAUCACCUAUAGUUGAAUUGCCGACAUCAGUGGACCAGUCACCUAUAGUCGAAUUGCCAACAUCAGUGGACCAGUCACCUACAGAUGAAUUGCCAGAGUCCGUGGCCAGAUUACUCAUGGUUGAAUUGCCAGAGGCCGAGGCUGAAUCAUCCGUGGCUGAAUUGCCAACUGUGGCCCAAGUACCUGUGUGUGAAUUGUCACCAUUUGUGGGCAAGCCACCUGUGGCUGAGCCAGCAGAGACUGUAGUCGAAACACCUGUGGCUGAAUCAGCAGCAGUGGUCGAAUCACCAGAAGUUGAAGAGCCUAUGGUGUAUGAAGACCCCUUUGAAGUUUCUGUUAUGUACAUGGAGAAACAUAACAUUCUGCAGAUAUUUCAGGAGAUCACUGAAAACUUGGUGUAUGAGAAGCCCGAUGACCCCUUACAGUUCAUGUUGCUGCAGGUGCAGUCCAUGAUGAACAAGCAGCUGGAAAUGGAGGGGGAAGAGGAGGAAGAGGAGGAGCUGGGUGGUGACAGCUUCUACAUAGCAGAGGACUUUCUUGGUGGCCACCAGUGACCUUGGCAACAUGGUUGUUAGCACAGGGCCUCUGGCUAGCACUGCACUCUCACGCUUGAUGGAAAUGGUUUUGAACUGGUCUGAUGGUAACUGAG